CCUCCCUCUCCCCUUUCGCUUUGAUUUCGCUCUCCUCCUCCCCUGUGCGCGCCGUGUGUGUGUGUGUGUGUUUUUCGCCUCCGCCGCCGCUCUCCACCGAAGCCCCUUGGCAUGAGUUAAGCACCAGCGAUGGACACCAAACACUUCCUGCCACUGGAUUUCUCAAACCAAGUGAAUUCCACAUCCCUGAACUCCCCGACGAGCCGAGGCCCCAUGGCCACCCCAUCCCUGCACCCGUCCAUCGGGCCGGGCAUCGGCUCCUCGUUGGGCUCCCCAGGCCAGCUGCACUCGCCCAUCAGCACCCUGAGCUCACCCAUCAAUGGCAUGGGGCCACCCUUCUCCGUUAUCAGCUCCCCCAUGGGCCCACACUCGAUGUCUGUCCCCUCCACGCCCAGCCUGGGAUUCGGCACCAGCAGCCCACAGCUCAACUCACCCAUGAACCCCGUCAGCAGCUCAGAAGACAUCAAGCCACCCCUGGGGCUCAAUGGAGUCCUCAAAGUGCCAGCACAUCCCUCAGGAACAAUGGCCUCCUUCACCAAGCACAUAUGUGCCAUUUGUGGGGACAGAUCUUCAGGUAAACAUUAUGGGGUGUACAGCUGCGAGGGCUGCAAAGGCUUCUUCAAACGCACGGUGAGGAAGGACCUGACCUACACCUGCCGUGACAACAAGGACUGCUUGAUCGACAAGCGCCAGCGCAACCGCUGCCAGUACUGCCGCUACCAGAAGUGUCUUGCCAUGGGGAUGAAGAGGGAAGCUGUGCAGGAGGAGAGGCAGCGGGGGAAAGACCGCAACGAGAACGAGGUGGAGUCCACAAGUAGCGCCAAUGAGGACAUGCCUGUGGAGAAGAUCCUGGAAGCAGAACUCGCUGUGGAGCCAAAGACAGAGACGUACAUUGAGGCAAACAUGGGCCUGACGCCAAGCUCGCCCAACGACCCGGUGACAAACAUUUGCCAGGCGGCCGACAAGCAGCUCUUCACCUUGGUGGAGUGGGCCAAGAGGAUCCCCCAUUUCUCAGAGCUGCCCCUGGAUGACCAGGUCAUCCUGCUGCGAGCAGGGUGGAAUGAGCUCCUCAUCGCCUCCUUCUCCCACCGCUCCAUAGCUGUGAAGGAUGGGAUCCUGCUGGCCACUGGGCUGCACGUGCACCGCAACAGCGCGCACAGCGCCGGCGUCGGGGCCAUCUUUGACAGAGUACUGACAGAACUCGUGUCGAAGAUGCGAGACAUGCAGAUGGACAAGACAGAGCUGGGCUGCCUGCGAGCCAUUGUCCUCUUCAACCCCGACUCAAAAGGUCUCUCCAACCCAGCUGAAGUGGAGGCGUUAAGGGAGAAGGUGUACGCAUCGCUGGAGGCGUACUGCAAGCACAAAUACCCCGACCAGCCUGGGAGGUUCGCCAAGCUCCUGCUCCGCCUGCCAGCCCUACGGUCCAUCGGCCUCAAAUGCCUGGAGCACCUCUUCUUCUUCAAGCUAAUAGGCGACACGCCGAUCGACACCUUCUUGAUGGAAAUGCUGGAAGCACCCCAUCAAAUGACUUAGAGAACUGCCGCUGGGUCAGUCCCUCACCCGGCCAGGGCCAUGCGGGCUCCGUCCUCUGCUUCCUCCUCCUCCGCCCCAGCCCCUUCCCUCUGCUCCCCAGAUGCUGGAGGCACCGUCCGAGCUUCUCCGCGUGGUCCCCGGGCCGAACCCGCACCUCCCUGCCGCCUCAUCACGUUGACCUUUUUGUCCGUUCGCUGUCACUGCUGCAUCUAAAGACCUCUGAUGGCUGUUUUUUUCCCUGCGGUAGAUGUAGAGGAGUGGGGACGGAUGGCUUCGCAUCAGUGCUGGCUGGCACGUGGCAUGGGAGCAGGGACGGUCCCGUGCCAUCCCGGCCCCGCCGUGGGGUUUGGACGAGUCAAGGGAGAGCGGUUCGGCUCACCAGAUUUGCAGCUGGCUAUUAUCAGAGGAUGGAGGUUUUUUUUUGGUGGUGUUUUUAGGUUGGUUUUGUUUUUGUUUUGUUUUUUUUGUUGUUGUUGUUUUUUUG